GCCUGGCACAUAAGAGAGAGGGAGAGAGAGGUGAGUCUAUUAAAUAUAGCACAGGGCAGCAAGGCAGAUCAACUCACAGACCGAGCUUCUCUGAGCAGAACACACUUUUGGACUUUUAUGAGUUCCGGUAAGCCGCAGAAGCCAGUGCUGACAGGCCAGAGGUUCAAGACCAGAAAGAGGGAUGAAAAGGAGAAAUUUGAGCCGACCCUUUUCAGAGAUACUAUUGUCCAGGGCCUCAACGAAGCUGGCACGGACCUGGAGGCCGUGGCCCGGUUCCUGGACGUGUCCGGGUCACGGCUGGACUACCGGCGUUAUGCCGACACUCUGUUUGAUGUCCUCAUCGCAGGGAGCAUGCUGGCCCCAGGAGGGACCCGCAUCCAUGAGGCCGACCAGAACAAGGUGACGGCCCACUGCGUCUUCACCAGUGAAGAGAAGCAUUCCUCCAUACGCCUCCACGCUCAGGUUUUCCAUAAGCUCAUAAGGAGAUACAAAUACCUGGAGAAGGCCUUUGAAGAGGAAAUUAAGAAGCUGUUGCUCUUCCUCAAAGCCUUCACAGAGUCUGAGCAGAACAAGCUAGCCAUGUUGACGGGGGUGCUGUUGGCCAACAAUGAUCUCCCCCCGCCCAUCCUUGUUGGCUUGUUCAGCGAGGGAAUCGUCAAAGAAGGGAUCUCAGCAUGCUUCGCUGUGAAGAUGUUCAAGGCGUGGAUAGCAGAGAAAGACGCCAACUCGGUGACCAUGGCCUUGAGGAAGUCCAGCCUGGACAAGAGGCUCCUGGAGCUUUUCCCGGCCAACAAGCAGAGCGUGGAGCACUUCUCCAGGUACUUUGACCAGGCGGGGCUCAGCGAGCUGUCCGAGUUCCUCCGCACGCAGCGCUGCCUGGGCACGCGCAAGCAGCUGCAGAAGGAGCUGCAGGAGAAGCUUUCCCAGGACUGCCCCAUCCCAGAGAUCGUGGUGUACGUGAAGGAGGAGAUGAAGAGGAACGGGCUGCUGGAGCCGGCCGUGAUAGGCCUGCUCUGGGCCUGUCUGAUGAACGCCGUGGAGUGGAACAAGAAGGAGGAGCUGCUCACGGAGCAGGCGCUCAAACACCUGAAGCACUAUGCCCCCCUGCUGGCAGUGUUUAGUACUCAGGGCCAGUCAGAGUGGGUGCUGCUGCUCAAGGUGCAGGACUUCUGCUACGACAACAUCAACUUCAUGAAGGCCUUCGCCAAGAUAGUCGUGCUCUUCUACAAAGCCGAUGUCCUGAGUGAGGAAGCCAUUCUGAAGUGGUACAAAGAUGGCCACUCGUCAAAAGGAAAAAGCAUCUUCUUGGAACAGAUGAGGAAGUUUGUUGAGUGGCUGCAGAAUGCGGAAGAAGAAUCGGACUCUGAAGGGGAGGAGGCCAAGUGACAGAACAUGGCACCCAGGCGUUGGUUCCAAUAUGGUCUAUGAAGCCAGCUGGCCUGUGGAUUUCAUAUCGCACGCACACACACACACACACACACACACACACACACACACACACACACACACACACACACACACACACACACACACACACACACACACACACACACACACACACACACACACACACACACACACACACACACACACACAUGCACACACACCAUUUAUAUAGCAGACAAAUUCGUCAAUAGCAAAUUUUCAGACUUAUUUUCAGGCAUACAUAAUUACCCAACAUCCUAACAACUAUGAGAUACGUUUGAAAUAUGCCAAAUGCUUUGAAAGAAUAAAGUGUAUCCAUGCCCUUCUCUUAUUUUCAAUGUGUGGUUGAAAAUAUUUCACAAAAUAAUAUAUUCAUUCAAUGUUUGGAUUGGAUUGAUAAAACUUAAAUGUAAAAGUACCAACCAUCAUAUUGGCCUGCUAUCUUGCUAUGCAUUUUUUGUACUUUUGAAAAUGUCAGAAUGAAUUAAGUGAAUCAACCUCCAACCUUGAUGUGUUCCCUAGUUCUGAAAUAAAGCAAAGAGAUCCUAUUGA